AUGAGGUUUGUUCUAGCUACCAUAAUAAUAGCCCUUUCCUAGACAAUAUUAUUUCGCCAUUAAAACCACCCAGGAUCCUGAUUUUGUUUCCAUUCCCCACAGCUGGCUGCUUAGCCCCAGCGUUGCUCCCAAGGUGGCCAGGUAAGCAGCCAUUAUGAAAGGCAAUGGGACAGAACACAUUAGAAGGGUCUCAACUGUGUUUUCUUUUAAAUGUCCUGUUUUUAGGGUGCAGUCUUACCACUGAUAAUACACUGCUAAAUCCACUAGUGUCAGUGGGACUCCCAAGUGACUAGGACCAGUGCUUUUUUUCUGGGGGUAUGCAGGGGUACGCAGACCCCUAAACAUUUUGUGAAUGUCCAUUUUCUGUAUUUAUUUUUCCCAAUUUGAACAAUAAAAUGGUGAUUUUCUUGAGUCAAAAUGAGAGUACCCCUGAACUUUUUUUUUUAGAAAAAAAGCACAGACUAGGACUGUAAGUGUGUUUAUAAGACAGCCUUUCAUAAUAUAAUAGUUUAAAUCACAUGCUUAUGUAUAGAAUAAGUUUCUGAAACAAAAUAUCGUGUGUGUGUGUGUGUGUGCAGCAAUCAGCUUAAGCUGGGAAAAUAUUUGGACCCUGAGUCCUUAAUGGUUAGAGCUCUUUUCCAAAAACUGGAAUUAGGAGCUGGUAAAUACUGAAUUGAAGACUCCUCCUCCCAACACAGCAGUGAGGGGAACUACCAUGAGCAAAGCAAAAUUUUGUUAGUCUCUUGCUGCAGUUUUGGGAUCUAGUUGUGCAACCAGUUCUGUGACUCAGGCAUGGCCAAACUUGGCCCUCCAGAUGUUUUGGGACUACAAUUCCCAUCAUCCCUGACCACUGGUCCUGUUAGCUAGGGAGGAUGGGAGUUGUAGUCCCAAAACAUCUGGACGGCUAAGUUUGGCCAUGCCUGGUUUAGAUCCAUAGUUUGAAUCCUUUAGCAGCAUCUUAUGCAUAUAGUGGGUUUUCAUGUAUGAAUAGAGCUAUAUUAUUGUGCACAGACAAUGGGUUGUAUUUUCAGUCUCUGGAGAAAGGUGGAAUGAUAGAAUUGUAGAGUUGGAAGGGACCCUGACGAUCAUCUAGUCCAACCCCCUGCAUUGCAGGAAUUUGCAGGAUCAAACCUGCAACCUUGGCGUUACCAGCACCAUGUUCUAACCAACUAAGCUAUCCAGUAAGAUACACGAAGGGAAACAAUCUCUUCCCUCUUAAACUCAGAUUCAGUUUUCUUCUUUUUUUGGACCAAAAGAAGAAAGAAAGAGCUGAACAACGUAACACUGUUGUCAACAACGCUUACCCCCCAGCUGUCCAAGGCUGCCUUUACAUCUUUUUAGUUACCUAUAAUAAAAAAAUCUGAUAAUACACAAAUGGGGGGAGGGAACCGUUUAGGAAAUGAUCCAGCCAAUUUUGAGUCCUGCCAAUUUUGAGUCCCACUGAUUUGACUAGGAGAGUUAAACUUGUCUCCUUGAAAUGAAUGGGAUUUGGGAAGCAAUCCAAGCCCAAGGGCAGUUGGGACAAGCAAAGUUUGGACUAGGCAGUGUCUCUGGCUGAACCAGGGCCUGCCCAAGACAUUUUGGUUGCCCAAGAUUUACCACUAAAUGGUGCAUCCUCCCCACCAGGGAAGAAGGGCCGAGGGAUGAUCUGCAACAGGAACAAGGGGGGAGGAAUAAUGAUCUAUAUCAGGAUCUGCUGCCCCGUGGAGCCUGCUGCCUGAGGUUGUUGCUGCAUCUUACCUCAUUGGUGGCCCAGCCUGGCCAGGGCUACGCUGGAUGAAGUCCUUCAUUCCACCUGAGCUGGAGAUACCUUGGGGUAAGUUCUCCAUCCUGGCUUAGUUGGGGCUCACUUGGCUGAGCCAAAGGCAGGGUAAAUCUUGAAAAGGAGACGUUAUUGGCCAGUGCCCUGGGUGUUGUGGCGACAGAGCAGGGAGAAACCUAACCCUGUUCCAAACUCUUCAGCUUGGCCUGGUGCAACCCAGUGAAUUUACACUGGCAAAAAGGGUGGUGUAAAGGCUUGUUUUCUCCUGGGUUUGAGCCAGCUCAACUGGCAGCAUACCACUCCUGAAUGGAGUUUGGAGGGUAAGUUACACCAGCAUAAUUUACUCCAUAGUUUGGAUUGCUUUGUUAAAUGUGUUUAAAAAGGUAAAGGGACCUCUGACCAUUAAAUCCAGUCGUGGCCGACUCUGGAGUUGUGGCACUCAUCUUGCUUUAUUGGCCGAGGGAGCCAGCGUACAGCUUCCGAGUCAUGUGGCCAGCAUGACUAAGCUGCUUCUGGCGAACCAGAGCAGCGUACGGAAAUGCCAUUUACCUUCCCGCCGGAGUGGUACCUAUUUAUCUACUUGCACUUUGAUGUGCUUUUGAGCAGGAGCAGGGACCGAGCAACGGGAGCUCACCCCGUUGUGGGGAUUCGAACCGCUGACCUUCUGAUCGGCAAGUCCUUGGUUCUGUGGUUUAACCCACCCGCUUUGGCCAAAUUAUGUGCUUGGUUUUUAAAGCAUAAUUGGAAGCUUCUGUUUCCCCCAUCAUGACCCGUUUAAUAAUAAUAAUAAUAAUAAUAAUAAUAAUAAUUUAUUUAUACCCCGCCCAUCUAGCUGGGUUUCCCCAGCCACUCUGGGGACUGACUGCCUCUUUUUAUUAAAAUAUUAGUUCUUAGCCCUAGUUCAGAGAUCUUAAUUAAUAUUAGUUAAUAUUAGUACUUAACCUCAUAAACAAAAUGGAUACUAUUCUUACAGAAGCACCAAAAAUGAAUGAGAGAUGAAUACAGAAUAUAUAUAUAUAUAUAUAUAUAUAUAUAUAUAUAUAUAUAUAUGGCAGAUCACAGCUAAUAAAUCCAUCCUGAAUGCAAAUGCAUUAAUCGGAAUAUGUGAAGCAAAAUAAUAAAAUGCCAAGGCAUAGCUCCUUUAUCAUAUGAGGUUUUAACAACCAUUGUGAUUUCCUUGAUUCAGCAAGAAGAUUAUUUAAAUGUGUGGGAAAAUGCAUAUUCCCUAAGAAUAUGAAAAAGGGGCUUACUUUCCCCUGGAAGUACAAUAAGGUGUAUUGAGUAAAUAAUUGUAUUUAAUCUUUGUUUUCAGUCGUUUUCCUCUGUAAAGGUUAUGAAAGGCUGCAUUCAUGAUAAUUCAGAUGAUGCCUGUGGAUUUAUACCCAACCGUGCAUACUUAAUAUCAGUAAACAUACUAAUUGGUCACUGCAUGAAAAUAUGAGCAAUUAGACACCUUUUACAUUUGUGAUGCUUUGAGUAAUAUAAAAUGACCAGAUGAUCUGUUCUCUCCUGAUGUUAUUAGAUAAAGUUAGACUUUUUAUCACCGUUGUAGCAGUUUAAAAAUGCACAAGACAAGAAAGACAUUGACUGGAACUAAUGCACUUUGGUCUGACAAAAUAACUAGCCUUUUUAGUUCCAAUUAGCCCUCAGUUAUCACGUACUAGCAACGAUAUCAAAAAUUCAGCACUACUGGAUUGUCUUUAUAGCUGUCUAAUUCACUCAGUCUUCAUUUUUUUGCUAUUUAAAAAGUUUCAGGCAUUACAGAGUUAACUAUUCUCUUGAAAUUACUCCUCUUUAAGAAGAAAAAUCAUAUUACUUUCUUAAUCUUUCUAAUUCUUCUCUCCUAAGAUCAUCUUGGAUUUGUUCCUUUAACACCGACUCUUAGUGCAGUCCUGAUUUUCUGUAUUAAUGAAUUGAGAAGAUGACAUCAGGCUCUUAGGUAAGUGCUGUAAGCUCAGUCCUAUGAAUUUGCAGUAAGGUACCAAGCAUAAAGAAGAAAUUAUUCUUUGUCCAUUUGCACAUCAAUGUUUCUUUGAAAGGUAAUUAGCUUGAUAUUAUGUAGGUAGCGCACAAAAGAUCUUGUAGUAGUUUGUGAUCUGUCUUUUGAUCAUCACAAGAAAAAUUUCUGCUGGGAAAUGAAAGGCAGACAUAAUUCACUAAAAUUACACUGGAUCCUCUCUAAUCAAUACAGAUAAAUCAAGUGUUUGUUGUGAAAUCGAUCCUCUCUUUUAUUGAAAUACAUUGUCUUGAUUGUUUUAGGGAUAAUUAUUUCACGGGAAAUUUUUAUGAUGAUUAGGUGUUGCAAGAACAGUAAACUUCCUUGACACAGGGCCAUCAAAUGUCUGUGGUUAAAAGUGCAUUUGUAUCUUCUAGCUUGAAGCAUUAAGAGAUAUCAAUACGGAUUUAUAUGAUUUCAAGGAAUGUAAUAGGGUGAAGCCUCUUUCUUUCUUUCUUUCUUUCUUUCUUUCUUUCUUUCUAAAUGAACUGUCUCCAUGUUUGUUUUGCUUUUAUAAAAUUGUUAGCUCUUGCCAACAUAAAUAUUCAGUGAUACAGAGUUUCCCUUUUCUGCUUUUAUCACUUAGUUUGAUUCCUUGACAUAUACCAUGUUGAAAAAGUCCAGAUAAAGUUUUAUGCUUUAAAAAAAAAAGUGUUUAGGCUAGUCUUGGAUUUCUGAAACUGGAUAACUGAACAUUUUCUACACAUAGAAUAAUGCAAGUGUAAAAAAGAAAGAUUUAUGCCAAACGUCAAAAUCGUACCUCUUCACUAUCCAUUAGUAAUUUGAGAUUUGUAUAUCUGUGUAUGAUUUGAACCAAUCACCCAUUAGAAAUUAGUUGGGCGAAAAACAUGUUCAGAGAAAGAGGGAGGGGGGAAGGAAGGAGAACAGAGCAAAAUUAGAUUUUGAAAAAACUGAGCAGAAGUAAAGGAUUCUGGAGUGGAUUUUCUAUCAGGAAUAAACCGAGAAAUGAGCCAUAUUUCUUUUAUUAAUGCAUGGCAUGUAGGAAACAAAUUGUGCAUGUUAGAUAAAAAUAUCUUUUUCCACUUCAUAAUAUUUUCUGUCAGCCAAACUUUUCAUUAAUGCACAUUAGGCAAUUGAUGUAAUUUAAUGAGCAUUCUGACUAGAGCACCUUUUAAUACAGAUUCUCAAAUUGGAAACUGUUCUCUAUUUCUGUUCAAAACGCUAUAUGAGAUAAUAACAAUGUGUUUGUUUUUAAAUGACCAGUAAUGCCUGGUGUCUAAUGCAAAGCAUUCCUUUAAUUGGACAGCAAUUUCACUGGUGUGAGCUUUUAAAUGACUUGGAUAUUAUUUCUUAACACCUUUGCAAAAGCAACAAGGAAAUAAAGUUUGGUUUGCAUUUACAAGCCGGAGUCAUAUCUUGUAAUGGCUUAUUAGUUGACUGUCUCCUAAAAGUGAAAAUCUAUACUAAAUGAUCAUUUGAAUAACAUGAUGCCCUUUGCAUUAGCGCUCCUUUAAAUUUUCACUGUGAAAAUUCUCCGUUAUUAAGAAAGUUAAUUUGAUGAACUGAAGGAAGGGUCAGAGAAACCGCCACUGAGCAGUCUCUUUUCCAGCACAUUGUGACAUAGCUGCGGUGUGCUAACAUUACUACAGGUGUCCCUUUCAACUAUAGAAAUAACGUUUCAACAGACGUUAACCUAUAAUGUUGCCACUGGAGAAAAAUUAUAUCAAAAAUAUAUAUGUCAUACUGGUGUUGAUCACAGUAGAUAAAACACGCAAACUGAGUAAAUGAAUACAGUAAUUUACUUCGAAUAAAUCAGCCAUGAAGGGGAGGGGGAUCUUUGUACUAAUAAGAUUUAUUUUACAGUUACAUUAAUCUUGCAGGCUGUCUGUGUCACUCUUUUUAGAUAGAAAUUUCUGAAACAUGCUUUCCAUGUUUGAUGUACUUCGUUUAAACUAGUACUAGGUAGAGCUACGUUGUAAAUGCUCCCUUAAUUGCCAUGACAUGGAUAGCUAGGAAAUUAAAAUAUAUAUACAUCGUUUGACUUGGGAAUUAAAUAUCUGUCAGAGGCUAAAUGACAUAUUUGUUGUAUAGCUGUGUCCUUAUGGGGUGGGGGGUGGGGUGGGGAAGCAAACCUCUGUUUAAUAAGCGCAUGAACCACAUUGUAUUCAUCAAUAUAUUUUAAAGUCUAUAUAGCAGUGUUAAAAAGUCCCCUGUCCGCAGUGGGAUAUUAUGUAUAGAUAGGCAUGUGACUACAUGAAUACUCUUUUCUUAAAAAGUAGAGAGGACAGAGCAAUAUUUUGAGGUCAUAGGCCACAAAAUACCUUGCUGCAUAUUGACAUAUUGUUUCUGUGUCAAAACUUCAAGAUUUCAGAUGGCACCACAAUAUUAAAUCUGUCAAGCCUUGCCCCUAUUGACUUUGUGUUUGCCAAGGUAUAGGGGGAUUGUACAGUUGUCUGAAAACCUGCAGAAUACAGUCUUGUCUGAAGCCACUACAAUGUGAUGCAUCUGCACCUUUUAUAAUAAAACAAAUACGGUACAACAUGACAUUUCUAAAAUUCUUAACAAGCUGCGUUAAGGCAAGACAUGCUCCCUUUGUCUUCUUUAAAUAAAGACACGGAACAUAGUUUCAGCUAGGAAACUUUUCCAAAGUCUUUAUACCAGGCACUGCCUUCCAAGUUUUUGAAAUUUUCCUAGUUUCCAGGACGUACUUUUGUCAAGCAAAGUGAACGUUUGUUAAGUUCUCCCUUACAAAUAAAACACUCAUAUCCCAAGCAACUAGCUUCAAUUUUUAAUCUAUUGAUCCUUUUGAGUGCCAAAGAAGAUGACUGACAGUGAGCAACAUUUACCUGACACCCCUGAACGUUUCACAGAGACAAGUUGAUAUGAGUUUGUAUAAAUACUAAUAUUAAGCAGAAUUAGCUUUGGAAAAAAUAAAGAAACUGUACUGAGGUGAAAAUUGUCACUGUCAGGAGAAAUGAAGUUAUAUCAGAGAACAAGUGACAUACAAUUUUCUCUAGAGUGUUUUUAAUAAAAAUAGCUUUUCUUUGAAUAUUUUGAAGUCAAACAUGAGAGGCAAUCUGUGCGUUUGUCAGAGUUUGAGAGUGUGAAAAAUUGCUGCCUUAAAUCAUUUAAGCUGAAAAGCAACUUCUUCCUGCUGAGAUAAUUUCACAUUGACUUACCGUGCAAGCCCUUCAGGCAUUCCCAGCUCAGAGCAGAAGUUUUCAAGGUAAAAACAUAUAGAGAGAACAUGGGAGAAGCUGGGACAAGGAUCAGCAACAACUCCAGGCGUUCAGGCAGAUCUGACUUUGAUUAAUUAGAGAGCUACUUUUUCAUUUCCACAUGUACUGCCUGAUGGAAAGGUAGAGUGGACCAGGAUACACAAACUUUGAGUUGACUCUGUUACAGACAGCAGGUUUUGACAUUCGCUACAGAGCUCGCAGGAUGUCUGCUUAGAAAGACUAAAUCGCAAGAACACACUUUUAAUUUUUCCUAUCGCAGAGGAAUUGUCUGCUGCUGAAAAAGCAGACUUUAUUCUCGUCUCUGUAAAUUAACUCGGCCGCGUAAGAUGUGUGAAUGUGAAACAAUUUAUAAUUCCCACUAAAGGUUUACCUACGUCACUCUUUUUACCUGUCGUACAAGUUUGGACUUGAUUGGUCUCAUUCAGCUCCCUAUCAAAGAAGCUGCUUAAUUAAAACACCUUUUUAAAGUACAAAUUAAUGGUUGUUAUGAUUUCUACUGUAUUUUGUGCUUUCUGGAUAAUUUACAAUGCAGUGUUAAAUGUAUGCACUUAAGAAGCAGUCCUGAUUGAUUGUAAUGCAAUGUACUUCCAAGUACAGAAAACAGAGUUUAGGAUUCAAGGUUCAGAAUGCUCUGGUUAAGAAAAGAAUUCAUUUUCUUGAUAAAUAUUUUUUUGGUGAGGGGGCGGGAAUGUCUAAUAAUAAUAAUAGUAAUAAUAAUAAUAAUUUUAUUAUUUAUACCCCACCCGUCUGGCUGGAUUUACCCAGCUACUCUGGGAGGCUCCCAACAGAGGACUAAAAACAGAUGAUGAAGUAUAACAAUCUCACUUAAAUGGUUGAGACAUUAUAUAAAUGGGUUUUUGAAAGGGCACUAAAAAUUGGCUACAGCUUUGACAUUAGUUAAAUAAUACUUGGCUUUCCUAGAGACAUAGACACAACAAAACCCUGAGUCAAUGAGCACAAUAAUUUCCACUAAAUAACAUUUUUUAAAAGUUCUGUUUUACACUGAGACUGAAUUCUGCAAAGUGCUGUUUAUCAUUGCAGAAUGUUGAACUCAAUCAGCUUUUACCGAAGUCAAUCUUGCUCACUCGCUCCUGAGGAACUACAUGCUGCAAUUUGACCUGACCCAAAGAUUGAUAAACUAAUUUGGAAUUAGGUACUUGGAAAUCUUUGAUGAGACAAUUAAAUAACAUUUUUCUUUUAUAGCAGUUUAUAAUAAUACUUCACUUUUAUCGUUCUGUAAUCUGUGACUGCAUGUCUGUAAUCCAAAAAUCACCCUUACGUGCAUGUAUUUGACACUGAACCUCAACCAAUUUAACAAGAUGGCUUUUUUUCUUUUUUUAAAAAAACAUAAUCAAGGUCUUUGGAAAGAGGAUUUUGAAGUCCUGGGAACACGUGGAUCUCUCCACCAUGGUUCAGCUGUGAUGGGAAGGUGGUGUUGGAAAUCUGAAGUGUGCAACAAGGUCAUAAUUACGUUUGGGGUACGUGCAAACUUUUCUUUGGGAGAAAAACCCUGA